CGCCAAUAAGCGCGGAGGUUGCUGGGGCAGCCGCCGUGGGCGGCGUCACUGAGCCGCGCCAGCUGAGCCGGGUUGAGUCCAGCCCCUCUCUUCUACCUUCUCCGGGGCUCGCUCCUUGUCCCGGCGUCUGUCGACCCCGCUUCCAUGUACCCGGUGGGCGCAGCACCCCGAAGCCUCCACGCCCAUGGCCACUAGCCUGAGGAGGCCGUCUUUCACCUCCUGUUCUUCCCCCUCUAACGACACGGACGACGAGGGUGUGCGCGGUACUUGUGAAGAUGCUUCUAUAUGCAAGAGGUUUGCAGUGAGCAUUGGCUACUGGCAUGACCCUUACAUCCAGCAUUUGGUGAGACUAUCUAAAGAGAGGAAGGCCCCUGAAAUUAACAGAGGAUAUUUUGCUCGAGUCUAUGGCGUCGAUCAGCUUAUGAAGGCAUUUCUGCAGAAGACAGAAUGUAAUUGUCAAAUUCUCAACCUUGGGGCUGGGAUGGAUACCACCUUUUGGAGGUUAAAGGAUGAAGACCUUCUACCAAGUAAAUACUUUGAAGUCGACUUUCCAAUGAUAGUCACGAGAAAACUGCACAGCAUCAAAUUGAAACCUGUCCUAUCAAAACCCAUUUUAGACUUACAUUCAGAGGACACCCUUCAAAUAGACGGGCACAUGUUGGAUUCAAAGAGGUACUGCAUCAUUGGAGCAGAUCUCCGAGAUAUACCUGAACUGGAAGAGAAACUAAAGAAAUGUAACAUGAAUACACAAUUGCCAACCCUCCUGAUAGCUGAAUGUGUGCUGGUUUACAUGACUCCGGAGCAGUCUGCAAACCUUCUCAAGUGGGCGGCCAACAGCUUUGAGACUGCCAUGUUCAUAAACUACGAGCAGGUGAACAUGGACGAUCGCUUUGGGCAGAUCAUGAUUGAGAACUUGCGGAGACGACAGUGCGACCUGGCAGGAGUGGAGACCUGCAAGUCGUUAGAGUCACAGAAAGAACGACUCCUGUCGAACGGGUGGGAGACAGCAUCGGCCAUCGACAUGAUGAAUUUGUACAGCAAAUUACCUCGCGCGGAAGUGAGCAGGAUAGAGUCCCUUGAAUUCCUGGAUGAAAUGGAGCUUCUUGAGCAGCUCAUGCAGCAUUACUGCCUCUGUUGGGCGACCAAAGGAGGAGGUGAACUCGCACACAAACCAGGAGAACCAUUCAGAUAAACCACAUGUAUCAAAACAAACCCACAUCGCUUUAGAGGUCGACUGUGGUGUUUCCUCAGGUGGAAGGUAAAGACCUUGAGUCUUGUUAUAAUCUUCUUUUUUCUUUCUCUUUUUUUGUUUUUUUGGUCUUAUUAUAAUCUUAAUAAAAGGAACCAAUGUUUGUCUUUUUAAUCGGCUUGUAACCAGGUUGACUAGAUGUUAAACACACAGUCUGUCUCUAAUAGACCCCUGCAGCUGCGGGUUGAAUGUCUCCCUCUCAUCUUCUCUGUAAGGUGGGUUUCCCCAGCCUGGCUGAGUCCGGCCCCGGGGACAGAGCGCGGAGCCUGUCUCAGCGUGUCCUGUUGCCUUGGUCUUGACCCAGUUCCUCCUUUACGCUGCCCAUGUUGACCUCCCUUCCCCCGGGCGGAUACCGCUCCCGUGGGCAUCUCUGAGACCAGCGUAGUUCCCAGUUCUGGUCCUUCUUGUCAGAGGUGCGCUCGGGCUUCCUGCAGAUGUGUCUGGCAUAGGGCUUCAGGCAGGUGUCGGAUACAAAACAAAGAGCUUGGCAGAGGCCAGGACGUCUGCUGUGUGAAAACUCCAGGUUCUUAACCGCCCGCUUUGGGCUUAUCUUCCUGCUAGUUUAUAAAUUUGCCCAGCUGGGCAGUUCAGCCCACAGAAUCCUUUUGAAUCGUUUUUUAUUUAAAAAUCGUUUAUUAGUGUGUGUUUUCUUUUUCUGUUGAAGUAUAGUUGAUUGACAAUGUUGUGUUA